UUAUAGUAUAAGGUCUAUGGUAUUAUGUCUAUCAUAAUAUUAUGAUGUCCUCGUUAAACUAUAAAAUAAAUAUAUAAUAUUAUAUAGCUAGUUACAACUUCAAUUUAUAUCCUAUGUCCUUAUGGUAAUACCUGUGAUAAUACACAGAUGACUAUAUUAUUAUGCAGUAUAUUUAUUUAGACAUAAUAUGUGGAGUAAUGGUUUAACUUUAUGUUUCAGCAUCCGUCAAUUGAUGAUAAGAUAUUAGAUGUAUUAUCUGCACUACUUUCGUAGUUUCGUGCAAUAAAAAACAAAAAUCCAAUAUUUUAAUAGAGAAUUUUUAAGAAGUGUUCAUGUAUUUAUAAUACAUAAUUAUAUCGAGUACGCCGUAGUUAACCAUAUAAUAAAUGAAAUAAAAUUAUUUUAGAUUAAUCUUUCUCCGAUCGUCUAACGAUUAUCGUUUUUAUUCUUCUAUAGUAUACAUAGUAAAAAAUAAAAUUAAUUUUGUUACAUUCGGAUAUAAUCUUAUUAAUAGAUUUAUUUGAAAAAAUAUUUUCUGUUGAAGAAUUUACCUACUCAUUGUAAUAUCUUAGAUAAUUAACUCAGAUAGGUACACCAAUUCAUAUUUAUUUUAAUAAUAAUUGUUACAAAACCUCAACAUUUAAGAAAAUGAGGCGAUUUAUGCAUUUAAUUAAUGUAGUACCAAUGUUGCUAAAUGCCCAAAAAUCAAUUGCAACUAGUUCCAAACUGUUUCCUAAAAUAAAACAGCAAACUUUUUUUACACCAACUCGUACUAUGUUUAUACAAACUCAAGAUACACCUAAUCCAAAUAGUGUCAAGUUUUUACCUGGUGUUCAGGUAUUAGAAAAAGGUCAUACAAUGGAUUUUCCUACUGCUACAGCAGCAUACUGCAGUCCCUUAGCUAAAGUUUUAUUUAGAGUUGAAGGGGUAAAAAGUGUCUUUUUUGGUUCAGAUUAUAUUACUUUGACAAAAGCCGAUGAUGAUAUAGAAUGGAUGGUUCUUAAACCUGAAAUUUAUGCUACUAUUAUGGAUUUUUUUGCAAGUGGCUUGCCUAUAUUAACUGAUGUUAAACCAACUAGUGAUACUCAAAUUCAUGAAGAUGAUAAUGAAACUGUUAUGAUGAUUAAAGAACUUCUUGAUAGCAGAAUUAGACCUACUGUACAAGAAGAUGGCGGUGAUAUUCUUUUUAUAGGAUAUGAUGCAGGAAUUGUCAAGUUAAAAUUACAAGGAUCUUGUACUAGCUGUCCAAGUUCAAUAGUAACCUUAAAAAGUGGAGUUCAGAACAUGCUUCAAUUUUAUAUACCCGAGGUGAUAGCGGUCGAACAAGUUGAAGAUGAAAUUGAAAUACGAACAAAAGUCGAAUUUGAAAAAUUUGAAAAGAAGUUGCAAGAGAGUGAGGAAAAAGAAAAAUAAUAACCAAGUUUAAUCUUAGAUAUUUAUUAAUAAACAUUUUCAUAGUUUUCUAUAAAUGUAAUCUA